AGCCCUCGUGUUCCAGCGGAUCCAGGAAGGGCCUUGCAGCGCGCGACUGCCAUGCCGCGCUUGGACUUGGCAGUGGAGUGUCCCUGGAAUUUCGAUCCAGGCCAAAAGGUGCAUUCGGCGGCGGCAUGCAGCGCGCGGAAGGAUGGCGUCAAGUGCCGGCUCAAGGUGUUUCCAGCAGGCACAGCUUCUUGCGCUCGGACGGGGAUACAGGCUCUCUCUGCGUUCGUAGAAGUGAUCUCCCCGCAGCAGGAAUGGGUGUGCAAAGAUGUUCGCUACAGCAUCAAGUUGAUCAGCAGGGGACCUCGGGAAAACAUCAAGAAGACGGAAACCUUCACUUUUUCUUCAGCAGCGAAUGAUCGCGGCUGGCAUGAGUUCGUGAAGCAUGAAGAGUUGUCAGAGAGCUCGGGGCUGCUGGACAGAGACUGGAAGGUGCACUUGGUUGCCUGGGUGGACGGGCUGCCAGACGUGGAUCUGCCGCAGCCGCAAGCAGACAUCGACUUUUCCACGGAGCUCAAUCCGGUGCAGAUCUUGGUGUCAGACGGGCCAGCCCUGAUCUUUGACCAGCGUAUCUUAGUUGCGCGAUCCGAGUACUUCCAAAAGAUGUUGACCGCAGAGUACAAGGAAUCCUCCACUCGCGUGGUAGAUCUCCGCCAGGAUGCGCAAGCAAGCCACAAGUGCGUGGUUGCGCUGCUCAGCUUCUUGCUGACAAACUCCCUCGACCCACACAUGGACUUUGACUUGGCUACGGCCCUGUGGGCCAUGGGGGACAAGUUCUGCCUGCGAGGCUUGAAGAAGGCAGCUGAGGUUCUUCUCGUGGACAUGAUCUCGGAAAAGACUGUGCUGCGCAUGUUGACCCUUGUCUUUGACACCGACAGUGAUCUGGAGGCAAUGUGCUGGAAGCUGCUGCAGGAGGAGCGGGGCCUACUGCACGACCAGGAGGACCAGUUGGAUGCUCUGAUCCAAGAAAGCCCUGCCUUGGCCAAACGCCUGAUCCUCUUCAGAGACAAGUUCUAGCUUUGGUUUCUGUGCACACGGUUUGCUUCGGGGUCAUGCUUUUCCAGUUGUGAGUUACCCGCAAGCAGGAAGCCUGGCAUGGUUGCUCUCUUUGGGCGUGUCCUUGUCCCAAAGCUUGCUCUCUUUGCGUGCCUUCCUGUACAGGACGCUCUGGUUGCCCUGUUGGCACCGUUCCCGGUAGGUUCCCAGCUCAGAGCCUCCAAAAAGCGAGCUCCCUUCAGCAACGCUUGGGCGCGGCCGAAGUUUCCGAGGACAUUGCGUUUUUUCAAAGAGCGUGGUUCACAUGGGUGUCGCUGUGCAGGGAAAGCGACUGGAAAGCCAACAUUCUCUCACUUGCCCAAAUCGAAUCGACC